AUGAGUCUGCUGAAAAUCAAGACCAACUACUUCAUCGUGUCGCUGGCGUUCGCGGACCUGCUGGUGUCGGUGUUGGUGAUGCCGUUCGGAGCCAUCGAGCUGGUCCAUCAGCACUGGAUCUACGGAGAGACCUUCUGCCUGGUCCGGACCUCUCUGGACGUGCUCCUGACCACCGCCUCCAUCCUCCACCUCUGCUGCAUCGCACUCGACCGGUAA